AUGAAACGGUAUCACUUUCGUUAAAACACCCGUCCCAAACCGAUCAUGUUUAUUCUAAAAUUCACCGUUUGUAUCCUACUAUUAAGCAAAAUUAACUCUGAACAACUCUGUAGUUUGAGAGAAGUAGAAUAUGGCACUGUCUGUGUUUGUAAUUCUUCCUACUGUGAUACCGUUCCAUCCAUAGAAGAUCUUUCUUCCGGACAAUACCAGCUGUAUACGACUAGUGAAAGCAAUUUAGGGUUUCUCUCAACCACCGGAAACCUGUCAACGAAUGAUAGUGCAGCCUCGGUGUCAGUGACAGUGGCAAAUUUACCAAGUACCCUGCAAACGAUCAUAGGGUUUGGAGGUGCGUUCACUGAUUCGGCAGGUAUUAACUUAGUGAGUUUGCCAGAGGAGGCUCAGACGAAGCUUGUUGAGAGUUAUUUUGGUGAAGAUGGGUUGCAGUACAGUUUGGGAAGGGUGCCUAUAGGAGGCACUGAUUUUUCUACCUAUGGGUAUACGUACUGUGAUGAAGAAGAUACGAAUUUGACUUUGGCAUGUUUUGAGUUGGCUUCUGAAGAUUACAAUUACAAGAUUCCUUUCAUUAAUCAAGCAAUAUCUUUGAGAGGUAAUGGAACUUUUAGGUUGUUUGCCUCAGUUUGGUCAUCACCAGCAUGGACUAAAUCAAACAAUGCCAUUGAAGGUACUGGUGUACUAAAUUCAGAGUACUACGAUUGGUGGGCGAGAUACUUCAUCAAGUUCUUUGAAGCCUAUGAGGAAAACAACAUUACUUUCUGGGGAGUUACUCCACAAAAUGAACCCAUGGAUAGCUUUUUGUCCAUUACUAUACCCAAUCUGCUUCAUACACCUAGCCAAAUGAAAACAUGGAUUAAAGAUCAUCUGGGACCCACAAUCAGGAAUUCAACUUACAGCUAUUUAAAAAUAAUUGCCCUUGAUGAUAACAGAUACCUACUGCCUAUUCUAAAAUGGUUUAUACUUUCUGACGAAGACGUUUUGCAGUAUGUUGAUGGUGUUGGUAUACACUGGUAUGUAGAUUUGACCACACCAGCUAGUGUAAUAGAAGAUGCAUAUAAUGAUAAUAAGGAACUGUUCGCACUUGCUACAGAAGCAUGCAAUGGGUACAUUCGAAUAACAGAUAUUAUCAAAGCAGUAGAAUUGGGCAGUUGGACAAGAGGUGUUAACUAUAUUAAUGACAUUUUUGAUAAUCUGGAGUACAACGUUACAGGCUGGACGGAUUGGAACUUGGCUUUAAACACAUCAGGAGGUCCAACUUUCAUUGAUAACAACGUAGACUCCCCAAUCAUCGUCAAUGCCACAGCCGGAGAAUUCUACAAGCAACCCAUGUUCUACGCUUUGGGUCAUUUUUCCAAGUUCUUGGUACCCGAUUCGGUUAGAGUAACAUCUGAAGUUUCUGGAAGCAAUAUUAGAGCCUUGGCAUUUUUAAGGCCAGAUGAGAAAGUUGCCGUCAUUAUAUAUAAUGAAUCAAGUGAUGAUGUAAGUGUCAAUAUCAGCAUUGAAGGCAACUCUGGAACGAUUGAAGUACCUGGAAAUUCUAUUAAUACCUUUUUAUAUACUCAAUAAAUUUUAAUAAAUAAUAAAUUAAUUAGAUUAUUAUUAUUAA